AUGGAGGGCGGCUGGCUGGACAGGCUCCAAGCGCUCCGCCUUGAGGUGCCAUACCUAGGAGUGGCGGGCUUUCGACCGAUCUUCGAGGCGCUGGCCGGUGGCGCGCUUCCGAAGCUGCGCCACCUCAACCUCUCCCACAACAUCCUUGACGAGGGGGGCGGCUGCAUUUGCUCGGCACUCUCACGCAUCAGGCUACCGGCGGGGUGCGGCUUGUCUCUCAGCAACAACCGCAUCACCAGCGACGGCGUGGUCGCUCUGGCCGGGGCGUUGGCUCGCGGCGCGUUUCCAUCGCUGGUAGCCCUGGACCUGUCCGACAACGACAUCGACGGCGCCGGCGUUGAGGCGAUCGCCGAGUGCGGCAGGAUGGGCCACCUCAGGUCGCUCCAGAGUCUGAACCUGGAUGGCAAUGACGGCACCACCGCCGCCAGCAUCGACGUGCUGGCCGCGGCGCUCCGCGCUUGGGGCACCUUCCCCGCGCUAAAGAGCAUCUACCUGCCUCACGAGGCCGCCGAUUUCGGGCCGGCGGGUGCCCGUCUUGUCGCGGUGUGCAAUCGCGAGCGAAACGUCGGGCUCUCCUGGAUUUGA